GCCAUCCGAUGGCUCCAUAGCAAACUGUUAAUAUAGUACCAUAGUCUUACACGAUUUUACUUAAAAUCGUUCUUCACUUCAUUCAUCACUGCUUUAAGAAAUAAAAAAUCACGAACCCAACCCAAGCCCAUUUCCCACUCGGUCACUUCCGCGUUCCGCCCCUCCAGGCCGCGUGCUCAUAUCCCGACCAGUCUCCCCAUUAAAACUCGCCGUUCAAUUCCCGCUCUCGCCGCAUCGGUCUUGCCGUUCAGUUCCCGCUAUCGCCGUUUAGCAACAAGAAAGGAAGAGACCAAAGCUGAACAUUGAAUACACUUUCCGAUCUCACCCUGCGCGCAGCCGUACCCCUCCUCCCGUCGUCUGGCGAAACAGUAAAUGCUAAAUAACGGAGCUAAGUUGUUUGCCUUGUCUGGUUUUGCUGAAUCGUCGGUUCUGUUUAUCGAGUUCUGGAAAAUGGAGGAAUCGUCUUUUCUGAACAAGAUCAUGCUUAAUCUUCGUGAGAACUGCAAGUACUAUACUGGUUACCCAAAGGAUCUUGGACCAUCAAAAGUUAUGCAUUUUACCUCAGAACGUGAGUUCGUGCAGCUCCUUCACCAAGGAGUUCCGGUGGUUGUCGCAUUUACUGUAAAGCAUAGCCUUACCAAACGCCUCGACAAUGUACUGGAAGAAGCUGCAGCCGAAUUUGAUCCACACGUUAAGUUUCUGCGUGUUGAGUGUUCAAAGUAUCCUGGAUUCUGCAUAACUCGCCAGAAGCAUGAGUAUCCAUUUAUAGAAAUAUUUCACAGCCCAGAACAGGCAUCUAAUCAAGGAAAGGCUGUUGAUCCAAGCAUCACAAAAUACUCCGUCAAAGUUUUACCUUACAAUUAUGACGUUAGUCCUUACGGAUUCAGAGAGUUUUUCAAACGCCACAGGAUUCAAGCAACCGACCAAAGUCGAUAAUCGUGAUUCUUCUUUCCUAGAUUUGAAUGAGUUUAUGUACUUGUUUGUUGAUGGUUACAAAAGGUCUGUAUCCUUAUGCAAGUUUUCACUUUCUUAGCUUCUUAAUCCUGUGUAAGCAUAUAUGGAGGAAAAGUUAAUUUAAAAUCUUAAUAGUUAUAUAUGUGACAAAAAUAAAACAAACUCAGUCCAUAUCGAUUUGAAGUUUAACUAGUUCACAAAUUUGUGCUGUUAUGAAUAUGAUGUUUGCAGUUUAACUAGUUUGACAAAUUUCUG